AUGUUAAAGUUUUAUAGAGGAUUUCCUCAUAAUCGUUUUAAUUCGUUUUAUGUUCAAAAAAUUUUUAAAAAAUUUUUGACAUAUUACACGAAAACUCAUGAGUAUAUUAAAAUAAGUGAAGAAAAUUUAAAAGAUUUAAAAAAUAAAAGUGGUAUAAAGUGCAAAAUAGGUAUAAGCAACUAUGCAACUGAAAAAUUAGGAGAAAUUGUAUAUAUAGAUAUAAUAUAUAACAUAAAUGAUUAUGUAAAAAAAGGAGAUUGCAUAGCAACUAUUGAAAGUGUUAAAAGUGUAGGUGAUGUUUAUACCCCAAUAAGUGGUAAAAUUACUAAUAUUAAUAAUAAAAUAAUAGAAAAUGUUAAUUUAAUGAACAAAAGUUCUGAAUCAGAAGGAUGGGUUAUGGAAUUAUUAACAAAUGAUAUAGAUGAAAAAGAAAUAUUGAACAUUUCUGAAUAUAAAAAAAUAUGUGAUGAAGAAGAGAAAAAGGAGGAAACAAAAAUGCAACAAAAUGAAAUUAAUUCUCUAGAAGAAAAAAACAAGAAUAAGAUAUUUGAUAUAAAUGAUAUUAAAAACAUUGAAGAUAAGGGAAAAUAUGAUUAA